ACUGAGCUGCCGGCGUGGAGUGCAGCUCGGACCCGCGUGCUGAGUGUAGAAGCCUGAGAGAGCCACAUCGCGGGUGCCAGGGAUCGGUAUGUGAAAGUGACCGUACGUUUUCUUUGGGUAACAUGGCUGAGGUGCGAAAAUUUACUAAACGGCUUAGUAAGCCCGGAACUGCGGCCGAAUUAAGGCACAGCGUGUCAGAAGCAGUGAGGAGCUCUGUGAUUGUGGAAAAACCUAAAAUUAUUGAACCUCUGGACUAUGAGAAUGUCUUCUCACAAAGAAAAACCCAGAUUUACAGUGAUCCAAACAGAGAACUGUUGAUGUUUCCACUGGAUGAUAUUUCAAAUUCAACAGUCGUUCAUCAGUGGAGAACAAUACAUUCCACAGUACCUGAACGUGCCGAAAAGGAAGCACAAACUCUGUUUGUCAAAGAGUGUAUUAAAACAUACAACUCUGAUUGGUACGUGGUGAACUAUAAGUUUGAAGACUAUUCUGGAGAUUUCCGAAUGCUGCCUUGUAAAGGGUUUAUACCAGAAAAACUUCCUUCUCAUACGUUUGAAGUUGAUGAAGACGUCGACAAAGAUGAGGAUGCCUCGUCAUUAUGUUCUCAGAAAUGUGCUGGAAUAAUGAAGCAAGGCUGGCUAUACAAAGCCAAUAUGAACAGCACAAUCACAGUCAAUAUUAAGACAUUUAAGAAAAGAUACUUCUACCUAACUCAGCUUCCAGAUGGCUCAUAUAUUCUUAACUUUUACAAAGAUGAAAAAAUGAUGAAAGAGUCGAAAGGAUCAAUCUUUCUUGAUUCUUGCAAUGAUGUUAUACAGUGUCCAAAGAUGCGUCGGUAUGGGUUUGAACUUAAAAUGCAAGAUAAGUACAGUCAUUUUCUGGCAGCAGAAAGUGAACAAGAAAUGGACGAGUGGAUUGUAACGUUAAAAAAGAUCAUACAGAGCAAUGCCGAACCUCCAGUUGAAGAGAAAAGAAAUGGAGCGACAAAUGAAACUUCACAUGAUGAUGAAACUUGCAGCCAAGGCAUGAUGGAGAGUUUAGAAAGAAGCAUGCAUCCUGAGCUAAUGAAGUAUGCAAGAGAAACAGAACAACUAAACAAAAUGAACAGAAGUGAUGGACGGCACAAGCUUUUUUCCCUUGAUUCUGAAGUUCAGAGAUUAGACUUUUCUGGAAUAGAACCAGAUGUAAAACCUCCUGAGGAAAAAUUUGGCAAACGAUUCCUGGUAACCUGUCAUGAUUUAUGCUUCAACUUGGUUGGCCAUGUGAAUGACAGACCACAAGGAUCACCAACAAAUGUUGAACCAUUUUUUGUGACCCUUGCAUUAUUUGAUGUCAAACAUAACUGCAAGAUUUCAGCAGACUUCCACGUGGAUCUUAAUCCCCCUUCAGUUCGUGAAAUGCUAUCUGAUGUUGCAGCACAAACAAGUAAUGGAGAAACCAAAGUGAUGUUUCCAAAAAAGUCUUCAGUUUACAGCCUUGUUGAACCUCUGCUCUGUUACCCCCAAAAGGGUAUAUUCUCAGUCACAAACCCUCAUCCUGACAUUUAUCUAGUAGCCCGGAUAGAGAAGGUGUUACAGGGAAGUAUAACACAGUGUGCAGAGCCAUACAUCAAAAAUUCUGAUCCUGCCAAGACUUCUCAGAAGGUUCUUAAAGCUAUGAAACAAGUGUGUGGCAAGCUCGGAAGGUACAGAAUGCCAUUCGCUUGGUGUGCAAGACCUGUGUUCAAGGAUAUGCAGGGCUGUCUUGAUGGUGAAGGCAGAUUUUCUCCUCUGUAUAAACAAGAAAGUAGCAAGCUGUCGAAUGAAGAUAUACUGAAACUUCUGGCAGACUUCAAAAGACCAGAAAAGACAAAGCUUCAGGUUAUCCCUGGCCAUAUAGAUGUCCGAGUAGAAUGUGUUCCUGCAGAUAUUUCAAAUUCUGUGACAUCAUCCUAUGUGCCUGUAAAACCCUUUAAAGAAGACUGUGACAAUGUUACUGUUGAAAUAGAAGAAUUUGUUCCAGAAGCUGCCAAAUGCUCUUACCCAUACACCGUAUACAAAAACCAUCUGUAUGUUUACCCAAUGAAUUUAAAAUACGAUGGCCAAAAGGCAUUUGCCAAGGCAAGAAACAUUGCAGUUUGUGUUGAAUUUAAGGACUCUGAUUUAGAAAAUGCCUGUCCAUUAAAGAAUAUAUAUGGGAAGCCUGGAGGACCUCUGUUUACCACAAGUGCCUUUGCUGCAGUAACACAUCAUAACCAAAAUCCAGAUUUUUAUGAUGAAAUUAAAAUUGAACUGCCAAUAUAUCUUCAUGAAAAGCAUCAUCUGUUGUUCACAUUUUAUCAUGUCAGCUGUGAACUUAACACAAAACCUGCAAACAAAAAGAAGGAUGCAGUGGAAAUGCAAGUUGGAUAUGCCUGGUUUCAGUUACUGAAAAAUGGGAGACUUGCUUUUUCUGAAGUGCAGUUACCUGUUUCUGCCAAUCUUCCUUCUGGGUAUCUUAAUCACCAUUCUGUGCCUGAUAUUAAGUGGGUAGAUGGAUCAAAACCACUAUUCAAAGUUAGAAGUCAUUUGGUCUCAACAGUUUAUACACAAGACCACUACUUACAUGAUUUCUUCCAUCACUGCCAGAUGAUCAAGUCAGGAUCACAAGCAACACCUGGAGAUCUUGUUAAACAUUUAAAGUGCCUACAUGGAGUGGAGAUACAGGUGAUGAUUCACUUCCUGCCAACAAUCCUUGCACAGCUGUUUCACAUACUUGCAACAAUGACAAAAGAAGAAGAUGUUACUAUCAACUGUCUCAGGGUUCUAAUAUAUAUCGUGGCAAAAUGUCACGAGGAAGGUUUGGAUCAGUAUUUGCGGUCUUUUUUAAAGUAUGUCUUUAGAGCCAAUAAACUGACAAAUUCACAGUCCAAGACAACUCAUGAAGUCUUGGUCUUUGCAAUGACAGCAAUCUUCAAGCAGUCUGCAGAUUUUAAUGUGAUCAACAAACUUCUAAAGUACUCCUGGUUUUUCUUUGAAGCUGUAAUAAAGUCAAUGGCUCAGAACUUGUUGGAGGAUAACAGAGUUAAGCUACCCAGAAACCAGAGGUUUCCAGAAUCCUAUCACCAUGCUUUACGGUCGUUACUCCUUGCAAUAAUUCCCCACAUUACAAUACGAUAUGGAGAAAUUCACGAAGAAUCAAGAAAUGCAAAUUUUAAUUUGGCAAACUUUAUUAAGCGUUCUUUAACCCUGAUGGACAGAGGUUUCACCUUUCAGCUUGUAAAUGAUUACAUCUGUGGUUUUGGUCUGCGAGACCCAAAAGUUCUUAUCGAAUACAAAUUUGAAUUUUUACAAACUAUUUGCAACCAUGAGCACUACAUACCUUUAAACUUACCACUGACGUUUGGAAAGAUAAAAUCAUACAGAGUGCAAGAUUCAAAUCUUGAACUUAUGCUAUCUGAAGAUUACUGUAAAUAUCACUUCUUGGUGGGACUCUUGCUAAGGGAAGUCGCAGUAGGGCUUCGAGACAGUUGUCAUGUUAGACAUGCUGCUAUAGCAGUUCUAAAAAACCUCAUAAUAAAGCACACAUUUGAUGACAGAUACCAACACAAGAACCAACAAGCUCGAAUCGCUUUACUAUACCUUCCGUUGUUAACUGUGGUAUUAGAAAAUGUGCAGCGAAUGGAAGUUAGGGACUUUGCAUCGUUCUACUUAAACAUGCCAAACAGUGCUUCUGGAGAUGAUUUGUCUUUUAAUUUUCCCAUGACAAGUCCACAACGUGAAAGUUUUAUUGCAGAUAAAGAUACAGCUUGUGCUAGUACCACAAUUCAAAAUGGGCAUCGAUUUAAACGAGAAGAUUCCAAAGGAUGUCUGGUCACAGAUGCUGGAAUGAGUCCUCACGAGCAAGGCGAUGCUUCAGAAUGUUUGCGAAGAAGAACCUCAACGGAAAGUACCGUGCAGAGUUUAUAUAGACUAAACCAGUAUGAGACGAGGACUCUUCUCUUGUGUUUUCUACACAUAGCAAAAACAAUUCCAGAAGAUUCUCUGUCUGCCUAUCUGAGUAAAGUACCUCCACCCGAGCUAGUAAACUUCCUUACAAUUUUAGAACUGUGUCUUUAUCAUUUUAAAUAUAUGGGACGAAAACACAUUGCAAGGAUUCAUGAUCUUUGGAUGUCUAAGCAUCAUACAACUGAUAAGAAGUCAAGAACUAUGCCUGUAGCUCGAAGCAGAGCAGGUUUGAUUCAGGGCAGACCUCAGGGUCUUGCUAAUUUUGGUAUCUCCUUCACACUUAACCACGGCUCAGGAACAUCAGAAGCAGAUAUUGUACACCAGUCAUUAUUGGAAAGUAACGCUGUUACUGAAGUCUGCCUUACUGUGCUUGAUAUUAUUUCAAUCUUUUGUCAGAGUUUCAAGACCCAGCUCCUUGACAGUGAUGGCCACAAUCCAUUAAUGAAGAAGAUAUUUGAUAUUCAUCUAACAUUUCUUAAAGUUGGUCAGUCUGAAGUGGCCCUCAAACACGUCUUUGCAUCCAUGAGAGCGUUUAUUAAUAAGUUUCCUGCAGCGUUUUUCAAAGGAAGGGUAACAAUGUGCGCGUCAUUCUGCUAUGAGGUGCUUAAGUGCUGCACAUCGAAGCUGAAUUCAACAAGGAGUGAAGCUGCUGCCCUCCUCUAUCUGUUAAUGAGGAACAACUUUGAGUAUACAAAGAGGAAGACAUUUCUAAGGACACAUCUGCAGAUUAUCAUUGCAGUGAGCCAGCUAAUAGCUGAUGUGUCUCUAACUGGAGGGUCGAGAUUUCAGGAGUCCCUUUCCAUUAUUAAUAACUUUGCCAACAGUGAUAAAGCUAUGAAGGGAACUUCUUUUCCGACAGAAGUAAAAGACCUUACCAAGAGGAUACGAACAGUGCUUAUGGCCACAGCACAAAUGAAGGAGCAUGAAAAAGACCCUGAGAUGCUGGUAGAUCUGCAGUACAGUUUAGCAAAGUCAUAUGCCAGUACUCCAGAGCUAAGGAGAACAUGGCUUGAAAGCAUGGCCAAAGUCCAUGUUAAAAACGGAGACUUUUCAGAGGCUGCAAUGUGCUAUGUCCAUGUGGUUGCUCUUGUUAUCGAAUUCCUCAAUAAAAGAAAAUUAUUCCACAGUCGAUGUUCAGCCUUCAAGAAGAUCACAGCAAACAUUGAUGAAGAAUCCACCAUGACAGAAGAUUGUGGAAUACAAGACAUUCAUUACAGUGAGGAGGUGUUGGUAGAGUUACUUGAGAGGUGUGUCGAUGGCUUGUGGAAGGCAGAGAGAUACGAACUGAUAUCUGACAUUUCCAAAUUGAUCAUUCCAAUAUAUGAAAAGCGCCGUGAAUUUGAGAAACUCACAGAUUUGUAUAGAAAAUUGCAUGGUGCUUACACCAAAAUUUUGGAUGUCAUGCAUUCUGGAAAAAGGCUGCUUGGGACAUAUUUUAGAGUAGCAUUUUAUGGGCAAGCCUUUUUUGAAGAGGAGGAUGGAAAAGAGUACAUCUACAAGGAACCAAAGCUUACAAGGUUAUCUGAAAUUUCUCAGAGGCUUCUUACCCUUUACAGUGAAAGAUUUGGAGCUGAAAAUGUCAAAAUAAUUCAAGACUCUAAUAAGGUGAAUGCCAAAGAUCUAGAUUCCAAAUAUGCGUAUAUUCAAGUCACUUUUGUCAACCCUUAUUUUGAUGAAAAAGAAUUACUUGAAAGAAAAACAGACUUUGAAAAGAAUCACAACAUUAAUAAGUUUAUGUUUGAAACUCCGUACACACUAUCAGGGAAAAAACAGGGGGAAGUUGAAGAACAAUGUAAAAGAAGAACAAUUGUAACAACUACAAAUACCUUCCCAUAUGUUAAGAAGAGAAUUGCUAUUAGUUCAGAGCAACAGACAGACCUAAAACCAAUUGACGUGGCAAUUGAUGAAAUGAAAGAAAGAACUUCUGAGCUGCAGAAGCUUUGCACAUGCAAUGAAGUCGACAUGAUUCAGCUUCAGCUCAAGCUACAAGGCUGUGUUUCUGUGCAGGUAAAUGCAGGUCCUCUGGCAUAUGCCAGAGCAUUUCUCAGUGAUGGAAAAUCUAGCAAAUAUCCAAGUAAAAAAGUGAAUGACUUGAAAGAGAUAUUCAGGAAAUUUGUUCAUGCUUGCAGCAUUGCACUUAAUAUGAAUGAACGACUAAUCAAGGAAGAUCAAAUAGAAUAUCAUGAAGGGCUGAAAUCAAACUUCAGAGACAUGGUGAAAGAGCUUUCAGAUAUCAUACAUGAGGAGUUACUCCAUGAAGAUAUGCUUCAUAAUCACUGGUUGCGGAACUCACUGCACGUAUUCAGCGCAAUAAGUGGAACGUCAGACUCAGGCUUUGGCUCUCCUGCACUUUCUGUACUAUAACAAUGUAAUUGUCUUUGUACAUUCUGCAGUGUUCAAAAUAAUUUAUUUGAAUUAUAAACAGCCUGUACACUGUUAUAUGUUUCAUAAUAUUAACUCAUUAUUUUUUUUGCAGACGGUAUACUUUUUCAAGGAAAUGCUUCCCUCUUGUAAAUGAUGGUGUAGCAGGCUUUAAUGGUGCCAUUUGAUGUUUAUGUACAGUAACAGUUGCUGCACUCAUUUUUUUAAAUUUAUUUACAUAUAGUUCAUUUAAAAUUUGUAUAAAAAUAACAUUUGCCAUUACAGGUCAUCAACUGUAAAAUAUGCAGCUCAUUUUUUUCCUUCCUUUUCGGUUAUUGCUUUGUUUAUAUGUAAAAUAAAAUUUUACUGAAAAAGUA